AGUUCUAGGCGGCCAGACAGUUCCUAAUCAGGUAUCUAGGAACCCCGUGCAACGCGGAAGUGUAGAUAAGUAGUAUGCAUAUGCUAAUCAUAACAUGAACCAGAUACUGCAUGUGCCCUUAGUCCUUGAGAUGACGUGAUGCUUACGAUUUUUGUUUGACCAUCAGGUCUGGGAUAAGUCUGUUUUUCUGACCUAUUCGACGAGACUAUUGGUCUACGCGGCGUAAUCUGCUGCUGUGUGAAGGUAGCACUUAUCGAUCGUGAUCGUUUCGCGUUAGUGUCGUCCAGUAGUUGUAGCGCUCGUCGAACGGUUCAGUAAAACACCGCCGCGAGUGAUUUUUGAGUCGACUCAAAAAUCUCCUUACCAGCCUCGUCGCGAGCCCACCACCUUAAAACUUCGUUCUGAUGGAUUACUCCAGCCAUGAUACGGGCUACGAGGGUCACGAAGACGACGAGCAUGUGAAUGACGAAGAGGAGGAGGAGGAGGACUACGAGGAGGAGGAAGAAGAAGGGAGGGGUGUGCCGAACAUGCUGGCGUUCAUGCUGGGGAAUGUCAACGACGAGGGGUCGCUGGAGGAGGAGUACAUGGAUGAGGAGGCCAGGGAUCACCUGGCCGGGUUAGCAGACCAGCUGGGCCCAGCUUUGGCUGAUAUGGAGUUUGAGUCGCGGUCAGCAGCCGGGCAAGCAGAGGAUGACGACGAAGACUAUGACCGCAAGGCGGACGACGCACAGGACUAUGAGGACAUCGACGAGGCGUUCGAGGAGGACGAUGCUGGUGUGGCUGGCACUGCUGCUGCUGGUGGUGGGGGUGGGGGUGCUGCUGUUGGCGGCGCUGGUGGUGCUGGGUUUGAGUAUGCUGGGCUGGAAGGGGUUGGUGCGGGUGAUGCAGGGGAUGAGGAGGACUAUGACCUGGAAGAGGAGGAGGAGGAGGAGGAGGAGGAGGAGGAGGAGGAGAGGGAGGGGGAGGGGGAAGCUGAAGGGGAGGAGGAGAUGGGGGAUGAAGUUGAGCUGGACGAGGAGGUGGAGGAAAAGGCAGGGAGUGAGAGUGACGGGAAAGCGGAGGUCACAGGAGGAGAGGCAGCGGAAGGGGAUGCAUUGGAGUUUGGUGAUGGAAACAUGGGUGCAGCUGGUGGGGGAGAGGCAGUGGAAGAGAGGGGUGAAGAGCAGGAGGAGGAAGAGGAGGAAGAAGACGAGGAGGAAGGAGGAGAGGAGGAAGGAGGAGAGGAAGAACGAGGAGAGGAGGAAGAUUAUGAGGAGGAGGGGGAGGAGGAGAAGCAGGAGGAGGUGGCAGGGUUGGAGCCUGAGCCUGAGGUUGGGGCUGUGGGAAAGAAUAAGAUUGGAACAGAAGAGGAAGCUGAGGAUGAGGAAGAGGAGGAGGAGGAGGAGGAAGAGGAGGAGGUGGAUGAGGGGGAUGAAGAGAAGGGCGAGGACCAGGGGGAGGAGGCAGGGGUUGAUGAAAUGCCAGCCACCCCUGGUGACAAGGGGAUUGGGGAGGAAGAGGAGGAAGAUGAGGAGGAAGCGGAGGGUGCAGAGGAGGAUGAGGAUGAAGAAGAGGAGGAGGAGAAGGGGGAAGAAGAAGGGGAGGAGGAGGAAGCAGAGGACGAGGAUGAGGAAGCCGGGGGAGGAGAGGAGGACGGAAGGGAGGAGGAAAUAGGGUUGGGGGAGGGGUUAGAGGAGCAUGAGGAGGAUGAAGAGGAGGAGGGGGGGAAGGGGGAUGGAGAGGAAGAGCACGAGGAGGAGGAUGAACAAGAGGGGGAGGAAGAGGAAGAACAAGAGGGGGAGGAAGAGGAGGAGGAUAAUGAAGCAGAAGAAGGCAGAGAAAACGACAUAGGGAGAGAGAAGGGGGAGGAUGAGGAAGACGUUGGGCAGGGGGAGGAGGAGGAUGACGAAGAGGAGGCAGAGGAGGAGGGAGGGGAGGAGGAGGAUGGACAAGGGGAGGUCGAGGGUGCGGGAGAGGGAGAGGGAGAGGGACAGGGGGAGGAGGAGAGGUUGGAAGAUAUUGAGAAGGAAGAGGGGCCUGGGGAGGAUGGGGAGGUGGAGGUAGAGGAGGAAAGGAAGGGGCGGAGCGAGUUGGAGAGGCAGAGGAACGAGUUACCAGUGUUGUUCAAGGAAGGUGGCAAGGACGUGCUGCGCUUCUCAGACAUCUUCGGCAUCAAGGGCUCCUUCUGGUCGCUCGUCGUGCAGCGGGGGUCACGGCCUAAGCGCCACCGCCUGCUGCCUCGUUCUGCUGCUGGCAAUUAUCCAGUGCAAGAGGAUGACGAGGUGCUUUUGCGAUCUGCACCGUCGCCCAAACGAGCGGCUGAGAUCAUGCGAGAGCGGGCGAUUGCUCUCGAGAGAGAGCUACAGUACCAAGAGAUUCUGGAGAGGGAAGAAGCAGAGGAGGAGGAAGAAGAGGGGGAGGAGGAAGAGGAGAUUGAGGAUGAGUGGGAAGAAGUGGAAACAGAGGAGGAAGAAGAGGAAGAGGAUGAGGAGGGCGAGGAGGGAAAUGAGGAGGGAAGGUUCAGGGAAGGAGAGGAGACAGGAGGUGAGAGGCAAGAGGAGGUGAAACAAGCACCGGGGGUGGGAAACGAGGAGGAGGAACGGGCCAUGGAUCCAGCAGAGGCAGAGGGCGGGCAGCAAGUGGAGCAGGGUGGAGAGCUGGGCAAGGAGGGAUUGGAUGGGAAGGCACAAGGGUUGAAGAACGGAGGAGGGGUGGACGAUGCUGAGAUGGCAACGGACGAGGAAGGGACACAAGAGGAGGAGGGGAAAAUGGGCGGAGAGGAGGACGAAGGGGAGAUGAAAGCAAUGAAGCUGGAGGAUGGGCAGGAAGAGGAGCAGGCUGGAAAUGCGGUCGAGGGGGGCUUGGAUGAGGGAGAUCGAGGCUCGACAGAUGAAGAGCAAGGCUUGAAGGAGCAAGGCAUUAGGGGGGAUGCUGAGGGGUCAGUGCACAAGGUGGGAGAAGGGCAUGAGGAAAGGACGGAGGGUGGAGGGGGAAACGCAGGACGUCUUCUAUCUCCGUCAUUGGACAGUGGUGCAGUGAUGGUAGCGGUGUGUGUUGAGGUGCCUCAAACCGCCCCGUCUGGUCUUGGUACAGUGGCCGCAAUGGUUGUGGGAGCCGGCAAGGGCCUGGAUGGUGCAGGAGGAGGAGGUGAGAGGAGUUUGCAGAUGGGUUCCCGGCAGCAGAUGGCGAAUGGGCAGGAGAGGCUGGGUGGCGAAGCGGAGGAGAGAGAUGGGCGGUGUGGCAUGGUGGAAGGCAAGGAAGGGGGCCGGACGGAUGGCGGGGCAGCGGGUGAGAUUAGGAGCAGCGGAGGGCGCGAGGAAGGGAGUGAGCGAGGGACGGAGGUAAGGAGUGAGAGAAAGAGUGAGGGAGGGAGUGAGGGAGGGAGUGCGGAAGGGAGUCAGGGAAGGAGUGAGGGAGGGCGUGAGGGAGAGAACGGGGGGACGGCUAAGGAAGGAAGGGAGGGACUGGUGGAGGAGUCAAAGAAGCAGGCUGGUCCAGGUAUAGAGGAAAAGGGUGCGGUGGAGAGAGAAGGCACGGAGGAAGAGGAGGUGAAAGGAGGGGAAGGAGAGGGUGCAGGAGGGGAGAGUGCUGGAGGAGAAGUAGGAGGGGAUGCAGAAGCGGCAGAGAGGCAGCACUUGGUUUCCGAGGCUAACCAGCCGCAGGAAAUGGACGUUGAGCGAGGGAAGGUGGGGGCUGGGCUGGGUGACGGAGAGGCACGGGAGGCGGUGACGGCUGGAGAGGGGCACUUGGCUUGCGAGGCUACCAACCCGCAGGAGAUGGAAGUUGAGCGGCGGAGAGUGGGGACUGGGCAGGGUGACAUGGGGGCGGGGGAGGCGGUGAGGGCUGGAGAGCGGGAUAUGGGGUGCGAGGCCAUCAAGCCGCAGGAGAUGGGAGAUGAGCGAGGGAAGGUGGGGGAUGGGCACGGUGAGACGGGGGCGCGAGAGGAGGUGGGCGCUGGAGAGCAGGAUAUGGUGGCUGGACAGGGGAAGGAGAUGGAGGGUGAGAAGGCGGAGGGUGAGAAGGCAGAGGGUGAGAAGGCGGAGGGUGAGAAGGCGGAGGGUGAGAAGGCGGAGGGUGAGAAGGCGGAGGGUGAGAAGGCGGAGGGUGAGAAGGCGGAGGGUGAGAAGGCGGAGGGUGAGACGGCAGAGGGUGAGACGGGAGCUGUCUGUGAGCCCCCUCAAGAACAGGGGCUGGCAGCAGAGGACGGCGAGGGAUCACAUGCUGCAGCAGAGGAAGCUGUUUCUAAGGCGCCUCAAAACCAAUCCGAGGGGAUGGGAGUGGAGGAAGGAGAGGGGCCACAUGGUGCAGAGGGGUCACAUGGCGCAGAGGGGUCACAUGGCGGAGAGGGGUCACGUGAUGGAGCGGAAUUACAUGGGGGUGCACAUGGGGGUGCACAUGGGGAUGCACAUGGGGAUGCUUUUGCACUUGUAAAUGCACCUGGGGAUGCGCCUGUUCUGGGGAGAGUGGAGCAGGGCGAAAACGGGGAGGCAAGGGAGGAUGCAAGUCAGGUUCUUGGGGAGGAUGAAGGUGAAGAAAGGAGGGAUGGGGAAGGGUGGGGUGAUGGGGGGAAGGAUGAGGAGGGGGUUGCGGAGCAGAUAGAUGGGGAGGAGGGUGCAGAGGGGGAGGCUGUGGGAGGGGAGAAAAGGGUGGAAGGAAAAGAAGGCGAGAAAAGCGAGGGGAUUGUUGCCGAUGGGAGCGAUGAGAAAUGUCUAGGGUUGGGAAUGAACAUGAAGGAAGGAAAGGGGGGCGGGACUGAUGCUGGUGGUGAUGCCGAGGCGGGUGGUUUGGUGACGAUGGAAGUGGAGGGUCGGGAGGAGCGGGGGAAGGCGAAGGAGGGAGUGGUGGGUGAGGGGGCAGGGGGAGAGGUAGGGGAGGCGAAAGAGCUGAAAAAGGAGGCAGGGGAGGGAGAGGAGAGAGGGGAGGAAGGGGAUAAUGCAGGAACGGUGGGAGGCGCGGAGGGAGACGAGGAGAAGGUAGGGAGAGGGAUGGACGCACGAGGUGGAAGGGAUGGGGAGCAGGAGGAGGCGGUGCCCGUGGCACGCAGUGAUAAGCAGGACGAUAGCGGUGAUAGGGAGGAUAAUGAUAGAGGGGAUGAUUGUAGAGGGGAUGAGAGCAAGGAGGGUGGUGAGCAGGGCGUUAGAAGUGAAAGCGAAGGGGCGUGUGGAAGUGGGGAAGGGGGGGCGGGGUCGGAAGGUGCGUUGGGGGUUGAUGCAGGAACGAGUGGGCUGGGACAGCGUGACAGGGGGCAGGAAAGAGUGAGCGAGAGAGAUACCGAUGAGGAGAUGGAUGGCGGUGGAGGGGAGGGAGGGGAGAGCCGAGACGAAGUGAGAAAGGAAGAGAUGGGAGGGAAGGGGGAAGAGAAGAAGGCAGAUAAGGAUGAGAAGGGAGUGGAGAAGGGAGAGGAGGAGGGAGAGGAGGAAGAGAAGGGAGAGGAGAGGGAUGCGAAUAGGGGAGCAGAAAAGGGGGAGGAAGGAGAGGGUGGUAAUAGGAUGGAAGUGGACGAACAACCUGAGGGAGCAAAAGAGGGUGGAGAGAAGGGGGAGACAGCGAAAGAAGAGGAGGGGAGGAAAGAGGAGGGGAAACAAGAGGGAGAGGAGGAUGAGGGGAAGAAAGGAGAGCGAGAUUUUGAGCGGAAGGGAGAGAAGGAGCAUGUGGAUCCCAGUGAGGGGAAAGGGGUAGACGAAAGGGAGAGGACAGGGAUGGAUGGAAGUGGUACAGUGGAGGCUGGGAUCAGAGAAAAGGCGAGUGAGGCUGGAAAGAAGUCUGAGGGCGGAGAACAGGAGGGGGUUGGAGCAGAGAGCGAAGCAGAGGGAGAGAAGGGGGUCCCUUCUGAAGGCGAGGCAGUGAAAGAAGCAUGUGCAACCCCCGUCCCUCCCUCUGAAACCAAUGCAGUGAAUGCAGUUGAGGAGGUUCACGCAGCAAGUGAAGUCAACGCAGCAGGACUAGCCCGUGGGGAAGCAGUGAAGGGGGCGGGUAUGGGAGAGGAAAGGGAAGGAGUGGGGGUGAAGUGUCCGGGUCACGAGGUGCAGGAAAGCUUGACAGAUGUGCAGGAGGGGCGCUUAGAGGCGUCUCCGAAGAAAGGAGAGGAGGCGAAGGGGCUGGAGGAAAAGGGAGAGGAGGAAAAGGGAGAGGAGGGAAAGGGAGAGGAGGGAAAGGGAGAGGAGGGAAAGGGAGAGGAGGAUGAGGGGGAUGAAGCGAGAACGAUGGAUGAAGGGGCAGUGAGGGAUGGAGAGAAGGGAACUAGUGGAGGGAUGGAAAUGCGGACAGAGAAAGGCAAGUCGUGCGGCUCUCUUGAUGCUGAUGAGGAGGGUAGGGCUGAGGAGGGUAGGGCUGAGGAGGGUAGGGCUGAGGAGGGUAGGGCUGAGGAGGGUAGGGCUGAGGAGGGUAGGACUGAGGAGGGUAGGGCUGAGGAGGGUAGGACUGGGGAGCGUAUCGUUGAGGAGCAUAGGGCUGAAGGUGGUAGUGGCGGGGAGAAUAGCGGUGGGGGUGCUGUUGCGGGUGAAAGAACUGCAGCAGGAAUGGAGAUGGCGAAUGGAGGCCUGAAGACACUUAACCAGAGCGACAAAACGAAGCUCAAGAAGAAACACAAGGUGCUUAAAAGGAAGACACUUAAAACGAGGAUGAAGAGAAGACCAAGGGAAGCGGAGAGGCAGUGUUUUGACGGGUUUUCUCUAGCGCAGGGCCCCGAGGGGGAUGCUCUGCUGCGGUCGUUGGAUGGGGUGUUUGAUCGCACGCCCAGUGCGCUCUUCUCCGCCCUCAUGCAGAGCGACUGGGAGGACCGCAUUGUGUGGGGCAGCCCUGAUCGGCCAGAGAGUGAGGGUGAGGGAGGGAGGAGAGGUGGAGUGAGAGAGGAGGGUGAGGAGGAGAGGGAGGGGGAGGAGGAGGAGGAAGAGGGGGUGAAGUGGAAGGAACGGGAGACGAGGGGAGGAGAGAGGAAGAGGAAAGAGGCAGGAGGUGUGGGGGAGGAGAGGGGGCAGGGAGGUGGUGAGAGGGAAGAAGGAGGUGUGAAGGAGGAGAGGGGUAGUGGUGGCAAGCACGUGGCAGUGGAUGGAGUGAAGAGCGGAGGCCAGGAUGAGGGGUCUAUCGAGAGGCAUGAAGGGGCCACAGAGAAGCUUGACCUUUCUGGGGAAGAGCAAUCAGAAGAGGAGCCAGAGUGGGAGGACGGAGGCGACGGGGGCAACGGGAAGCAGGGUGGUGGGGCAGUGGGAGCACUAAAGCAGUCGCAGCAGCCACCAGCAGUGCUAGUCGGUCAGUACGGGGAUGUACAGGUGUAUGACGAUGGGAUGGUGCUGGAGCCUCUAGGGGCUGCCUGGCCCAAGCCCAGGGCGUUUCGAGGCUGGGAGGAGGACGGGGAGGCUCGGGAGAUCCACCCUCUGCUGCUCCGGCUCGAGUGCCAGGCUCGGGUUGAAGCUGGGGCGAAGGCUCGGGGGAGAAAGAAGGGCGGAGGGGAGGAGGAAGGUGGGGUGGGAAGGGGAGAGGGGUUGGGUGGGGGUGAAGGAGGGGAGGGGAAACAGGGAGGGGUUGGGCGUGCUGAUGGUGGGGAUGGUGGUAAAGGUGCUGAUGGUGGGGAUGGUGGUAAAGGUGCUGAUGGUGAUGGUGCUGGUGGUGGUGCUGGUGCUGGUGCUGGUGCUGAUGGGCUGGGACGGGGGCUGUUGGACCGGGCUGCGCAUUGUGCUGCUGAUGAUGCACGUGAGCACGAGCAGGACCAUGAGGGGGAGGAGGAAGAUGAGGAGGACGAGGAGGAGGGAGAGGAGGAGGAUCCGGGCAGGGCAGCGGUGCGGAGGCGAGUGCGGGAGGUGCUGCUGACGGCUGCCGUGCCCAGGAAUGCAGAGCUGGAGUCCGGGGCCUGGAUGGAUAAUGUCCUGUGGGGGGACGAGGACGAGGAGGAAGGGGAGGAGGGGGAGAGGGGGAAAGGGAAGGCUGGCAGGGAGGAGGAGAAGGAGGGGAGUGUGACGGGUAUGGGAGGGGUUGGAGGGAGGGAAGCUGAGGCUGAAGGGGGGCUGGUUGCCACCUCAGAUGCACCAGUUAGGUUGACGUUCUCCCAGGUGUUUCCGCGCGCUCCAAGGCGCAAGAACAUACUCAAAACGGAACCUGCAUUGCCAGUUUCCGUGGCUCCUCUCUCUGCAUCCACCCACCCUUCUGGCCUCCCCGUUCGCCCGUCCCGCCCGUCUCGCCCGUCCCGGCCGCGCAUAAUCUUUGACCUGAGCGACCGGCGCAUGACCUUCCAGCUCGUGGGGGAUGGGGGGGGGAGCGCAGGCAUGGGAGCCGCAGCAGCUUUGGGGGGUGUGAUUGCGCCUGGUGUGGGUGCAGCUGGGGUAGGACUAGCUGAAGAGAGUGGAAGGGAGGAGGUUGUAGGACGAGCAGGCACUGGUGGGGCGGCGCUGGCAGCAGCAGGGGGGGCUAUCCCCCUGAUUGACCAUGCCUUGGCCAUGAUUGUGCCAGCUCAGCCUGGCCGCUUACCACAUCAGCAGCAGCAGAUGCUGAUGCUCCCAACAUCAGGCCCGACAGCUAAUACUGACACAGCCACAGCAGCAGCAGCAGGAUCUAGUAUUUCCGAGCCCAACAGCCAUCCCCUGUCAAGCCCCCGCCUCCUCAAUCCCCCUUCAGCUAACCUCCCAUCGGCGCAUCUCCCGCUCCCCGGGGACGCAGCAGCGGGGUGGUUGCCCCCUGAGUUCUUGGCUGAGGCAGCAGCGUGGGCGGUGGAUUUCUCCCGGGACCACCUGUACCGGAGCAGCAAGGCAGGUGUGGGCGCUGUGGGCGGGGGAGCGGGCACGGGUAAGGCGCAUGGGAAGAAGCGCGCGAGUACUAGUGUGAAGAUUUACCACUCGCUGCCGGCGAUUCGACUGCAAACGAUGAAACCGCGACUGAGCAACAAGGAUCUGUCGCGCUUCCACCGCCCGCAGGCGCUGUGGUUCCCCCACCAGAGCGAGGCGGCAGCCAAGGCCCAGGGGCAGCUGGAGGGCGGGGAGGGGAGCAUGCGGGUGAUCGUGAAGACCCUGGGCAGCAAGGCCGUGAAGCUCCACGUGGGGGGCGGCGAGAUGCUGGCCACACUCAGAGCCAAAACCGCCAAGAAGCUGGGAGACAUGAAGGACAGCGAGCCAGUGCGCUUCUUCUCCAACGGCCAGGAGGUGAUGGCUGACAAGCCCCUGGGCGAGCAGGGCGUGCGGGCCAACGCCAUGAUCCACCUGGUGCGCCCGCGGCUCUACCCGUGGGGGAGGGCGCACCUGAAGCUGCCGGGGGACAGCAAGCCCAAGCGGCCACCCGGGGCGUUCAGGAAGAAGGCGGACCUGUCGGUUAAAGAUGGGCACGUGGUGCUGAUGGAGUACUGCGAGGAGCGCCCGCUGCUCCUCAGCAACGUGGGCAUGGGCGCGCGGCUCGCCACCUACUACCGCAAGAUCUCCACCGUCGAUGCCGGCGCCGCUGCGAUCCGGGACGUCCCUUUCUCCGGCUCGGUCAUCCCCCUGGAGCCAGAUGAGGAGUCCCCUUUCCUGGGGGACGUCCGGGCCGGCACCAGCCAGUCCAGCGUCGAAACGAACCUCUUUCGCGCGCCGGUGUUCCGACAGACCGUGCCGCACACGGACUAUCUGCUCGUGCGGUCGGCGAAAGGGAAGCUGUCGAUAAGGAGGAUAGAUGGCAUGCAGGUAGUGGGGCAGCAGGAGCCCCACCUGGAGGUGAUGAAUCCAAUCUCUAAGGCCGCAGUGCUGCAUAGUAGCAACCGGCUCAUGGUUGAGGUUUGCCGGGCGUUCCGGGAUUAUGACAAGGAGAAAGACGGUGGAGGGAGUGCGGUGAAUGCGCCCAAGGUGAGGGCGGAUGAUAUUGCAGCGCAGUUCCCCACGCUGACCGAGGGGCUUAUAAAGAAGCGGAUUAAAACGUGCGCGGAGCUGCAGAGGCUGGAGGGAGGCGAGAUGUGGUGGGUGAUGCGGAGAAACUUCCGGAUACCUUCCGAGGAGGAGCUACGGAGGAUGGUCACACCAGACCUGGUGUGCUGUCAUGAGAGCAUGCAGGCUGGGCUGCACCACCUCCGGCGAAUCGGCAUCCGGCACCUCACCAACGCGUCCCCGCCUCUCAGUUCUGCAAUCGCGCAGCUCCUCCCGGACAACCCGAUAAAGAUGGCAGCGAGUCUGCUUAUAGAGAGGGAGUUACUGCUCACGCCCUGGAGCUUAUCGCACAACUUUGUAUCGAGUAUGACCCACGGAAAGGGCGGCCUGGAAAAGUUGGAAAUUAGUGGAGCAGGGGACCCGUCCGGCCGCGGCUUGGCGUUUUCCUUUCUCAAGAUCCAGCACAAGCAGCCAGGGGCGGAGAAGAUCAAGGUGGUGGAGAAGCGGGCGGCGCAGGCUCGGGGAGGGGCGGCGGUGACAGGCACGGACGCGGACCUGCGCAGGCUCGGGAUGGAAGCGGCUCGGGAGGUGCUGCUCAAACUAGGCGUAGCAGACGAACAAAUCCAAAAGAUGGGCCGGUGGCACAGGAUAGCUCUGGUGAGAAAGCUCUCUUCUGAGCAAGCAGCUGCUGCUGGGGGGAAGAGUGACUCGGUUGCCGCGCUGAACAAAUUCGCGCGAGGGCAGCGAAUGUCGUUUUCGCAGCUGCAGCUGCAGACGCGGAGCAAGUGCCAGGAGGUGUGGGAGAAGCAGUUGAAGAGCUUGUCUGCGCUGGCAGAAGGGGAGGAGGAGGAAGAGGAGGAACUGUUGGGUGACUUGGACUCGUUUGCAGGGGAUCUGGAGAAUCUGCUUGAGGCGGAGGAAGGGGGGGAAGAGGAGAGGAGGGACGGGGGAGGGGCCAGGGGAGGCGGAGCGGGGGGGAUGAGGAGGAGGAGGGCGUGGGAGGUGCAGCGGGAGGAGGAGUUAGAAGAUGAGGAGGCGGAGGCGGCUGCUCUCAGGCGAAUGCUGCUGGAAGAUGAUGAUCCCAAGGAGAGCAGCAAGAAGAAGAAAGACAAGAAGAAAGACAAAGGCAAGGAGAAGGAGAAGGAGAAGGAGAAGGAGCGGGAUAAAGGGAAGGAGAAGGACGGAGGGGAGAAGAGCAGCAGUGCGGCCAAGCAGGGCGAGGCAGGAGGAAUGGGCCAGGAAGCUUGGAAUGCCGCUCCAGGCACAGCAGCAGCGGGAGCAGGGGCAGCAGCAGGGGGAGCAGGGGGCGGAGGAGGGGUGGGGGGAGGUGCGGAUGGGAGGAAGCGGGUGGUGGUGCGGCGGCUGAAGAAGCUCAUCAAAACGCGGCUCCCCGACGGGACGGUUCAGGUCAAAGAGAUCAUCAUCACCGACCCGCAGCAGAUUGAGGCUGAGAUGGCAAAGCGGUCAGCCCUAGCAGCGCAGAGAGGCGCGGCAGGAGGGCAGGGAGAGCAGCAAGGAGGGGCGGAGAAGGGCCAGACGGGGGCAGGUGAAACGAGCAAGGCUGUGAUGCAACCCCCGGCCUCCCAACCACCUGCCACGCCAUCCAAAAAGGAUGCCUCAGAUAAGGGGGAUGGAGGCGAGGGUAUGGGUAAGAAGCGGAAGAGGGGAGGGCAGGCGGGAGCCAAGCCCGAGACACCCACAAAGGGAACCCCUACUCCUACCAAGAAGGAAGCUUCUGGGAAGAAGGAAGGCAGCGGGACGAAGAAGGGGCAGAGGGCGUCGGUGGUGUGCGGGGCGUGCGGGCAGGAGGGACACAUGCGCACUAACCGCGCCAAGUGCCCGCUCUAUAUGGAGGAUGAGGAGGGGAACCAAAUUCACAGGGAUGGAGCGCAGGCAGAGGGUUUGCUUGAGAGGAAGGGUACGAAGAUCAAGAUCAAGUCGAAGUUGUUGCUGGGGAAGGGUGGGGGGAAGGGUGGGGGGAAGGGGGCGGGUGAGGGGAUGGGUGGUGGAGGGGUGAGUGGUGCUGGUGGGGGGAGUGCGGUGGAAGGUGGUGGAAAGGGUGCUUCUGCUGCUGUUGGUGAUGGUGCUGAUGGUGCUGAUGGUGAUGGUGCUGAUGGUGCUGAUGGGGAUGAUGGGUUUGAUGUUGAUGCAGCAGCCACCCAGCCUAGCGAAGCCAGCUAUGGUGGUGUGGGUGCUGCUGGUGGCGUCGGGAAGAAGAGCAAGGAGAAGAAGGGCAAGAAAGGGAAGAAGGGCAAGAAGGAGAAGGAGAAGGAGAAAAAGAAGGGCAAGAAAGGUGCCCACUCUAUUCUUGACGGCGACGUUGCUGCUGAUGUAGAUACUGCUGCCGACGGUGCUCCUGCUGAUGCUGACGCUGCUGCUGAUGCUGCUGAUGGUGCCGAUGGUGCUGUUGACGUCUCUCAUCCCUCUCCAUUGGCUUCACCUGACCGAGCGCAUGCAGAUGAUGCUGUUGACGUGCCUGACGAUGGUGAGGGUGAUCAUGGUGAUGGAAAUGGUUAUGGUGCUGAUGGAGUUGAUGGCAGUGAGGACGAGGUCACAUCCCCUCCCCGCCCUCACCUCAAGGGGAGAGAAAUGUCGCCCGGAGGAGAGUCUCCUGCGCCUCACGAAGCUUCCACGCAGCUUCAGCUAGCGGACGAUACAAUAGAGAGGAUCACGGGGGGAGGCUUGGGCGAAAGGGAGAUGAAUGAGAAGGGGGUGGGUGGGAAGGAGGUGAGUGAGAGGGGGGUGAGUGAGAGGAAGGUGAGUGAGAAGAGGGUGAGUGAGACGAGGGUGAGUGAGAAGGGGAGGAAGAAGGGAGUGCACAAGCACGGAUUGGAAAAGCACGUGUCACUGAAGGUCCGGUUCCCAUGUGUGAAGAUCAAGCUCGCAGGGAAAGGGGGUGCGGAGGCACGAGGGGAUGGGGAUGAUGAGGGUGGUGGGGAUGGUAAGGGCGACGGGGGGUCUGGGGGACAUGGGGCGAUGUAUGGAGGGGAAGAGGGUGAGGGGAUGCCAGGAGGGGUUACGGCAGGUGAUGAGGAAGGGGAGGUUGGCAAGGCUGGUGAGGAGGUUGAGGAAGGGAGUCAGUUGGAGGGUUGGAAGAGGAAGGAGGGGGGGGAGAAGAAGAGGAAGCGGAAGAGGAGGGAGGGGUUGGGUGUGCAUAGAGAGGAGGAGAGGCAGAAGGGCGGUGGUGGGCAGCAGGGUGGAGAGGGUGGUGGGAGGAGCGUGGCACAGCGUGGGGGGGAGAGAGUUGCUGGAAGGGGAACGGGUGAGUCUAGAGGUAGGGUGAGGGAAGAGUGGGAGGGGGAGGAGGAGUGGAAGGAACGGAGCAUGGAGGAGGAAGUACAGAGGCCGAAGAAGCAGAGGAGAGGGGAGACGAGCGCCGGUGGGGAUUGGGUGGCAGAUCAGGAGGAGGAGGAGGAGGAAGGGAAGGGGCAGCAGCAGCAGGACCAGCAGGAGGAGCAGGAGGGCAGGAGUAAGGAUGAGUUGAGGCAAAAGUUCCGAAAGGCAGCAAGGGGGGGAAUGGAUCCUUUUGAGGAGAAGGGGGAGGUGGAGGAGGUGAAAGAGAGUGUGAGGAGUGAAAUGCGGGGGAAAGAGAAGGGAUAUGGUAGGGCCAGGGAAAGGGAGGAGGAGAAGAGGAGUGAGAGGAAAAGAGAGAAGGGGGGGAUGAGUGAAGGUCAGAGGAUGAAUGCAGAAGCUGUUGGCAAGUAUACCGAGCCUCACCCCGCUGCCAGAAGGCUUGCUGCUUCGGAGAAAGAGCGAGGAGGUUCGGCAUCGCCAGGUUCAGUUGACAGGCUUGGUAGAGCUGCAGGAAGGGACAGGCAUGUGGAGGGGUGGGUGGAGAGAGAGGGUGGUGGAAGGGGGCGCAGUGAGGUGGGCGAGGGUAAGGGGCAGGAUAGGCAAGGGGAGGGGAGGGAGAGGAAGAAGGAUAAAGAGAAAGAGAAGAGACACAGGGAUCGAGAAAGGCACAGGGACAACGAGUGGGAUGGAGAAGUGGAAAGAGAGAUAGGGAAGGAAAGGGGGGAAGGAAGGAUUCUCAAGCUCAAGUUGGACCGCAAAGACGGGGAGAGAGAGAGGAGGGGGGAGAGGGAGAGGGAGGGAUGGGAGGAGAAGGAGCAGGAGAGGGUGCAGGAGAGGAACCAUGACCAUGAGUGGCGGCGCGAGAAGGAAAAGAAGGUUGGUGAGAAGAGAAAAAAGGACGAGGCGCAGGGUGAGAGGGAUGAGUGGAAGAGAAGGGAGGAUAGGGAGAGGAAAGAGGAGAGGGAGGGGAAAGAGGAGAGGGAGGGGAAAGAAGAGAGGGAGAGGAGGCGAGAGAAAGAUAGGAAGGACGAGAAGGGCAGGAGAGAGGAGCGGGAGAGGAGGGAGGCGAGGGAGAGGAGGGAAGAAAGGGAGAGGUCUCAAUCUGUGGGAGUUGAAGAACAGAGGGGGAGGAGCAGAGGGGAGAGAGAGGAGAGAGAGGAGAGAGAAGAAAGGGACAAGGACUGGCGGGAGGAGGAGAGGGCGCAUGGUGGGCCGCAUGGAGGGAAGCGGCUCAAGGUCGCUGCAUCUGGUAAGGGGAGAGUGGGAGGAGGUGGGUUGCACGGAGCAGGGGACCAAGGGGGAGGGGCCCAAGGGAAAGGGGCCCAAGCUCUCAAGGGCCCUCGGUCAAAGGGGGUUGCGGGAGAGGGUGCGAGGCGCAGUGCUCCGUCUGGUGCUUGGGAUGGUGGUGGUGGACGGGGGGAGGGAGGAGGAGGACCGGCACUUAAGCGCGUGAAGCUGCCUGAAGGGGGAGUUCUGGCCAAGGAUUCUCUUCGAAGCGUCUUUGAUAAUGUGCUUGCCGCUUUGCGGUACGUGGAGCUCUCAUUCAUCUUCCAGAAGCCAGUGACAAAGAAAGAAGCGCCCGACUAUCAUACCAUUAUCAAGCACCCCAUGGAUCUUUCCACCAUGGCCAAGAAGAACCGGCAAGGAGUAUAUCUGUCGAGGGAUGCCUUUUGGAGCGACAUGAAGCUUAUUCAGCGCAAUGCGCAUGUUUACAACGAGGACCGUAACCCUGGCAUUCCCCCACUAGCUGACCAGUUGGUGGAGCUCUGUGCGAAGGAAUUGGAGAAGCACAGGGAAGAGGUUGACGAUGCCGAAGCAAGGCUUAGUUCCUUCGUUACAUAAAUUGAUUGAUGUAGCUCUGCUUGGUUUGGGGCCUUGUUUGCACAACAAUUUAGUUGUAUAUAUAUCCAUGGUGUAAUGCGUGGAAGUCAAA